ACGACUCGUGACGUCGCGGAAGUUGGUUGUUUGUUUUGUGGUGUUCGUUGUACCGUUUCGUCGGCGAUGUGAUCGGUUUUAAAAGUGACGUGCGUUUUUUCGUACACAUUAUUUCGCGUUUUAUAGCGGUUUGACGGUUUAUCGGUAUAUCGGUAAUCUAUUAAAUGUAAACGCGGGGAACGCGGAGUACGUCCAUUUCCAAAUUUUGGCGUUAGUCGGUAUCCAUCACGUUCUCUCGUUAAAAUUCGAUCAUUUACCUAGUUGAUCGGCUAAAUUUUUGGAAAAGAAUCGUCCAAAAUACAUCGAAAUUCGUCUAUAGCGUCUAAUUGAAGUUCGAUAUCUAUCGAUGUCGUUACAACGUCUUAAGUCGAAUUGCAAUAGUAACGUUCCUCUAUUCUUACUUCCGCGUUCAGAGUGUGGGAACAGUAUAAUAAAACGACACUUGAACACGUUUGAUCAUCUCAAUUAUUCGUGCUUCUAGUCGGAUGGUCAGUGUUUAACGGCGUGUCAAGCGGCUGGUUAAUUAAUUGCGUGUUAUACGAUCGGGACGACUAACAUUCGUCCCGAAUAUUUAGACAGGAGGCGUUACUAUUACUUAGGCUUCGAAAAAACGGCAUUACGAUCUGAAGUUGACGCAUUAGCGGUCGUGCGCGCGCGCGUGAUCAGUUAUUCGAGUGUAAAAGAAUUUACGUCGUUACAAACGCGAUUCCUACGGCGAAAGUGAGCGACGGUAGUGUAGUAAGAGAGGAGAGUGGAUCGCAAAUAGAGAACAGAAACACGGAGGCGAGUUUUUUCACGAGAGAGUCUUGGAAUCGGAGUGUUUCCAAUCGAGGACGAAAGAAAGAAGGCCGGUAAAACAUGUCGAGGCUGUUGAAAGGCGAACCGACGGGCGGUUAUAUCAUUGACUCUAUCGCAGAUCAUCGAAUGUAUUAACCCGGCCGCAAAUGACGCGUAUCGUGGCGUAAGCGAAGAAAAAAACGGUGGCGGAGGACGAGCACUGGACAUACAUUGGGAGAACAGUUUUUUGAUCUAACCAAAGAAAGAAAAGCAGGCCAGGCAUCGUGCCUCCCACUGCCUACCGGAAGUCAUAUGCCCAUACACGCGCGGAAAACGGUAAAUCAUCGUAGAAGCCAUCGGCUAUAACGAGCGUACACGUUUAUUUUGCAUUGGACCGAAGCACGCCUGCCCCUUCACCUCUGUUCGUUUUGUUUUCCUUGGUUCGCCUACCGUCAUUGUUUCGUCUUUUUUUUCAGCGUGCAGUUUUCGAGGAAAUCGAAAUGGUCGAGCUGUGCGGAAGCGGGCAACCGACUUCAGCGAUGGGAGUGAUGGGGAUCGGUUCGGUGGUGUCCGCGGCUACGUCGUCCUCGUCCUCGUCUACGACCACCACAGCAGCCUCGUCCUCGGCGUCCGGACGUGCCGGGGUCUUAGAGACGCAAGUUCGUGGUCAGUGGUAUCGCGUGUUCGUCUCGUUGGAGGACGAUUAUCUGAGCAUCUCGUUGGACGAGAGCUGCGAGACGGGCAACAACGCCCUGAACAACGGUAACAUAAAUAACAACAACGUGGAUAGCCUGAACGAUCCGGACGUGCCGGACUCGGUGGCCAAUCAGAAACGUAUCGUGCGCGUGGUGAAAAGCGACAACAACGGUCUCGGGAUCUCGAUCAAGGGUGGAAAAGAGAACAAAAUGCCGAUCUUGAUCUCGAAGAUUUUCAAGGGGAUGGCGGCGGACGCGACCGAGCAGCUGUACGUGGGCGACGCUAUAUUGGCUGUAAACGGGGAGGAUCUACGCGAGGCGACCCACGACGAGGCGGUGAAGGCGUUGAAGAGGGCCGGCAAGGUCGUCGAGCUCGAAGGUGAGUCGAAUCAUCUCUUAUUUCGUCUCUUCCUCGUCGAAAGAAAAAGAGAGAAAGUAAGUAAGUUCCAUCUUUAUCUUUGCGAUGAAACAAGAAAAAGGAAACGAUAUCCUUUCAUCGGUUCGGUUAAAAAUCGGCGAAGGGGAAACGAAUCAGAAACCGCUGAUAAGAUUCAUUAAUCGAAACAUGGAGAUGGGGGAGAGGAGGGGAAGAGAAAUAUCGGGGUUAAGCGAGGGAGGGUGAGAAGGUAAUCGACCGGCAUCUUGGACGGAUAUCGAGGUGGCGUUGAUUCACUGGUGGCGAGGAAAUAAGAGAAAAAUGGAAAGAAUUGAAAUAACGGGGAGGAUUGGGGUCGAAGGGGGGAGAUGGGGGAUGAGGCGGUGUCUCGAGGAGGUGGCGAUUGAACAAACGGUAGAAGGCUAGGUAGAUGAGGAGUACGAUCGAAGAGAGCACGAUUUCGUGAAGAUUUUCGAAUCCCUUUUUCCUUCCUCCGUGUGUCUUCUUACUUUCCAUUAAGUGGCAAUUCUCUGAGUGAGAAUUCUUCCUCUCUCUCUCUCUCUAUAUAUAUAUA